AAAGCGAGAGACGCGAGCCGGGAGUCAUAGAAGGCCGCAGCCAUGCAGGUCUCCAGCCUCAACGAGGUGAAGAUCUACAGCCUGAGCGCGGGCCGGAGCCUCCCCGAGUGGCUUUCCGAUAGGAAGAAGAGAGCACUCCAAAAGAAAAAUGUGGAUGUUCGCAGAAGAAUUGAACUUAUUCAAGACUUUGACAUGCCCACAGUUAGCACAAAGAUUAAGGUAUCAAGAGAUGGACAGUAUAUUAUGGCAGCUGGAACAUAUAAGCCAAGGAUCCGGUGUUUUGAUACCUAUCAAUUAUCCCUGAAAUUUGAAAGAUGCUUAGAUUCUGAAGUGGUUACAUUUGAUAUUUUAUCAGAUGAUUACUCAAAGAUUGUCUUCUUGCAGUGUGACAGAUACGUUGAGUUUCAUUCACAACAUGGCCGUUAUUACAGGACAAGAAUACCAAAGUUUGGUAGAGAUUUCUCCUAUCACUACCCAUCAUGUGACCUGUAUUUUGUAGGAGCAAGUUCUGAAGUAUACAGAUUAAAUCUGGAACAAGGAAGGUACCUGAAUUCUCUACAAACAGAUGCUUCGGAGAAUAAUGUCUGUGACAUAAAUCCCAUACACUGCUUAUUUGCUACUGGUACAGCUGAGGGGAAAGUGGAAUGCUGGGACCCUAGAACUAGAAAUCGAGUUGGUGUGUUGGACUGCGCUUUAAGCAGUGUGACAGCAGAUACAGAGAUAGAUGGCUUGCCAUCUAUUUCAGCACUGAAGUUUAAUGGAGCUUUGAAUAUGGCAGUAGGCACAUCCACUGGACAGGUUUUGUUGUAUGAUCUCAGAUCCAGUAAUCCAUUAAUAGUCAAAGAUCACCAGUAUGGCCUGCCUAUUAAAUCAAUCCAGUUCCAGGAUCCAUUAGAUUUAAUAAUAUCUGCAGAUUCACGAAUCAUAAAAAUGUGGAACAAGGACACGGGGAAAAUAUUUACUUCCAUGGAGCCAGAACAUGAUAUCAAUGAUGUCUGCCUUUAUCCUAAUUCAGGAAUGCUGCUGACGGCCAAUGAAGACCCUAAAAUGAACAUCUACUACAUUCCAGUUUUAGGUCCUGCCCCAAGAUGGUGCUCAUUCUUGGACAACUUGACAGAAGAACUGGAGGAGAAUCCAGAGAGCACAGUUUAUGACGAUUACAAAUUUGUUACCAGAAAAGACCUUGAAAAUUUAGGCCUUGCCCAUCUCAUUGGAUCCCCACUGCUCAGAGCAUAUAUGCAUGGCUUUUUCAUGGACAUACGACUGUAUCAUAAGGUGAAAAUGAUGGUCAAUCCAUUUGCCUAUGAGGAAUAUAGAAAAGAGAAAAUUAGACAGAAGAUAGAAGAAACACGUGCACAAAGAGUUCAACUAAAGAAACUUCCAAAGGUUAAUAAAGAGUUGGCACUCAAGCUGAUUGAAGAGGAAGAGGAACAGCAGCCUACUAGAAAAAAGAAACAAAAGAAUCUGCCUAACAUUCUCACUGAUGACCGAUUCAAAGUCAUGUUUGAGAACCCAGAUUUCCAGGUGGACGAGAAGAGUGAAGAAUUUAGGCUGCUUAAUCCACUUGUUUCUAAAAUAAGUGAGAAAAGAAAAAAGAAACUGAAGAUUUUAGAACAGCAAGAAGCACAAGAGCAGGAAGAGGAGGAAGAACCAGAAGGAAAACCAAGUGAUGCAGAAAGUUCUGAGACUUCAGAUGAUGAAAAAGGCUGGGUUGAAGAGGUCAGGAAACAGCGCAAACUUCUACGCCAAGAGGAAAAAGUAAAACGGCAGGAAAGGUUCAAGGAGGAUCAGCAAACAACACUGAAACCUCAAUUCUUUGAGAUUAAAACAGGGGAGGAAUUCAGAAGCUUCAAGGACUCUGUCAAAAAGCAAAAAUUAAUGAAAAAAACUCUUGGAGAUCGCUUGAAGCUUGAAGAAAAGCUUGGCACACUCAGUGUAUCUGAUACCACAGUAGGCAGCAAACAGAUGACAUUCAAAUUAAAAAAGUCAGGGCAGCAGAAGAAACAGCAGGAAGCUGAGAAGCAACAUCAUCAGGAGAGGAAAAAUAUCAGGCGUUCAGCUAGCCACCUCAAGAGUAAACGUGGUAGAAGAGGACCAUUUUAA